AUGGGUGUCGGGUCGACUAAAACUUCUGUUAACGUCGAUCUCAAUCCGAAAGUAGUUUGUGGCGAUCAUAUAUCCAAUGUUCAAUUGAAUCGCUUCUACGCUAUCGGUUUACUGGCCUUCACCGCCCUCGUGGCCACCACUCAAGCGGCCUCGUCUAUAAAUCUCUGUGAAGGCGCGGCUGAUAACAUUUUCGUGGCGGAUAUUACUAACUGCUCCAACUAUUAUAUUUGCAUUAAUGGCGAACCUAUUGCUCAACAAUGUCGCGAUAAGUACUAUUUCGAUGCAUCUAGCCAAUCGUGUCUGCCAUCAAAUGGCGGCUGUUUAGUCUGCGACCCGAAUAAACUGACUUCGGUUGCAUUGAGCAGGACUUGCAAUAAAUAUGCUCUCUGCUUUGCUGGCACUCCGUUAUUGCAACAAUGCGCUGAUAACUUGCAGUUCAAUCCCAAUUUGGGUGCUUGUGAUUUGCCAAAGAAUGUCGAUUGCGUUUCCAACUAUUGCUCCAUUUAUGAUAGUCCCGAAAGUAUUGUUUAUGUAGCUAGUGCAUCGUCCUGCUCGAAAUACUUCGUCUGCAUGAAUGGUCAGCCACAAAAUCAAACGUGCGUCGGUGGCUUGUACUUCAAUCCCUCGUGCAAUUGUUGCGAUCUCCCAGCCAAGGUCAACUGUACUAUUACCAACACAGGCAGAACACGCUCCUUACAAACAGCUGCCAUGAUCGCUCCACGCAUGGUUGACAUCACCUGCCCCAGUGAGGGUGUUCACCAGAUUGCUCACCCGAAUCCCAAUCAAUAUUAUAUGUGCGUAAAUGGCAAGGGUGCUCUAAUGACUUGUGCUGCCAGCUUGGUCUAUGAUAAGGAAGUGGGUGCUUGUCGUCGUCCUGCGGAUAUCUCAGUAAAAAUUCUUCAUACAACGAUAAAGAUCAAGCGCUUUCAAAUCGGCGAGACUAUGAAAUUUAUAUUGCGCACCGUUCUGGCUUAUGCCACCUUUAGUGUGUUGUCGGCCUUAACCAAUCCUGUCAACAUUUGCAGUGGCGUUAGUAAUCUGGUGUUUCUGCCAUAUCUCGGCGACUGCAGCAAAUACUAUAUAUGUAUGGGCGGUGAGCCCAUUGAGCAAAAGUGUGAGCAGGGUUACCAUUUUGAUGCGAAAUUGCAAAGCUGUACCUAUCCGGAUGUAGCCAAAUGCUUACCCACCUGCACCAAUGCCCUCUCAUCCUUUUGCUAUGACCGCACGUGCACGAAAUAUGUGCUUUGUUAUGCUGGAACGCCUAUUAUACGCGAAUGCCGCGAUGGCUUGCAGUACAAUGCUGAGACAGACCGUUGUGAUUUCCCACAAUAUGUAGAUUGCGUGGAUAACUUGUGCACCAUAUACAAUGAUCCCAAAAAUAUUACAUUCCUGCAGAGUAAAGCGUCGUGUGGCAAGUUUUACAUUUGCAUGGAUGGCACUGCGUAUCCACAGACAUGCUCUAAUGGUCUGCUAUUCAAUGAGGAUUGUAAUUGCUGCGAUUUCCCCGACAAGGUUAGGUGCAAUAUAACUGCUGUGUCGCGUAACAUUUUACCGUACGCUAAAGUGCCACCCAGGCGUGCCGACAUUGAGUGUCCAGCUGUUGGUGCGAAUUUCUUUGCUCAUCCUGAUCCAGCCAAAUACUACUACUGCUUGAAUGGCCAGGGUGUUGUACUCGAAUGUACACCUGGUCUAGUUUACGAUACUGAAUUGGAAACUUGUCGUAUGCCAGAAAACAUCUCACGUGCUGCUUCGCGUUAAGCGUUGAA